AUGGUUUCCGUCACAGCAUGUGGCCACCUGGCCGGCCUUGCGGCUUUGAUUCUGUCAUGUCUCCCUUGUGCUACCGCUGAUUGGAGGUAUAAGUCACGUCCAGAUCUGGCUCCACCAACUCUGAACAUUACGAUACCAGCAACAAAAGACGUCGAGUCCGGCUAUCUUUUUGUCGCUCCAUUCGCCGGCUACCCAGAGGGAACUCGACACGGACCUUUGCAAGCAGCCCCGUACAUCUUCACAGACACUGGUGAGCUCGUUUGGUCAGGAUUUACUUACUUCUCAAUUUGGGCAACGAACUUCCAGGCCUCUCGCUACAAGGGUCAAGAUAUCCUGUUCUCUUUUGAGGGCAGCCACAAUGCUGCUUAUGGGCAUGGCCACGGCCACACAACUUUCUUGGACCAGAACUACGAGACCGUACUAGAACUGCGAGCUGGCAAUCAUCGACUGACUGAUAAACACGAGUUCCUUAUCAUCAACGAGGAGACUGCUCUGAUUCAAAUCUACCAUCCUGUCCCUUGGAACUUGACAGCUUAUGGCGCCAGCCCUGAGCAGCAAUGGAUUGUUGAUUCCAUAUUCCAAGAACUCGAUAUUGAGACUGGUAAAGUUCUCUACGAAUGGAGCAGUCUUGACCACGUUGACCCGUCUGAGGGUUAUCUUCCCCUAAACCCUGGACAAGCUGGAGCUGGGUACAAUAGCUCUGAUGCCUGGGACUACUUCCACAUCAACUCAGUUGACAAGGACGCUGAGGGCAACUAUCUCAUCUCGGCCCGUGACGCUAACGCCGCCUACAAGAUCAACGGCAGGACCGGCGAGAUUAUAUGGCAACUUUCUGGAAAGUCUAGCUCUUUCAAGAUGGGUCCAGAAGUUGAGUUCGCAUUCCAGCACCAUGCCCGCUUUGUUGCCAAGGAAGGUGAUAAAGAAAUCAUUAGUAUCUAUGACAACUCUGCACAUGGUACAGAAGAUGGAAGGGGCCACGAAGUUCACUUCUACAAACAUUCCCGAGGAAAGAUUAUCGAAGUUAACACUAAAACUUGGGAAGCAACCAUUGUUCAGGCAUUCCACCCACCCGAUGGACUUCUAUCAAAGUCUCAAGGAUCAACUCAACUCCUUCCAAACGGGAACGUCAUGGUCAACUGGGGAUCUGAAGGAGCCAUGACUGAAUUCAAAGCCGACGGAACCCCAAUCUUCCACACAUACAUGGACUCUGGAUUUCUCGGACUUGGCGUAGAGAACUACCGGGGUUUCCGGUACAACUGGACCGGCAUUCCCCAUGAAGCUCCAGCUAUUGUGGCUCUGAAAGACGAGAAGAGCUCCAGUACCAGUGUCUAUGUCUCAUGGAAUGGAGACACGCGUACCAAGAUCUGGCGAUUCUACGAUGUCAGCGACACUGGCCGUUCUUUCUUGGGAGAGUCGAAGCGUGAAGGGUUUGAGACUGUUCUUGAGCUUGACCAGGGCAUUGCUGUGAAUAAUGUCCAAGCUGAGGCUUUGGAUGCAGAGGGAACUGUUCUUAUUGAUACUGCGGCUGUGAAACCCGAUGUUUUGAUUCAUCAAUACCAGGGCAAAAAGGCUUCCAAACAGUCACAUUCCAGUGUUGCGGCGUGUUUCAUGUUCAAAGGGCAAAAAGCUUUCAAGCAAGGACUUUAG